AACCUGAGAUGACAAAGGUCAAGAGUGCCUCGCCAGGCUCCGAGACUCACUCUGAGGAGCAAAGUGCCUGUGCCUCAGAGCGCAGAAGGCCAGCGAGACUCCAUGGGAGCCUCUUGCCGGACCCACUCCUGCCAUCGUGUGCCAAAGGCACUCUAAUAUUCCUGCUCUUGAAGACUGCUCUACGUGGCAGUGUUCGUCUUCAACCAAGUAGCCCUCUCGGUGCAUCCAUCCAAGUGCUAGCACUGAGCAAAGAAGGGGUUACCAACUCUCAAAACAAGAUGGGAGACGUGGCCAACAGCUCUGUCGGUCACCAUGCCAAGAAUCAACAACUUGGAGCCAAUCGGGCUGGGGGCUUCGGCUGUACCCUGCCCGAGCUCCGCUCCCUCAUGGAGCUCCGGGGAGCUGAAUCUAUGCAGAAAAUCCAGGAAAUCUAUGGGGAUGUCAAUGGUCUCUGCAAGAGGUUGAAGACCUCGCCCACUGAAGGUCUAUCGGACAAUGCCACUGACCUGGAGAAGAGGAAGCAGAUCUAUGGACAGAACUUCAUCCCCCCCAAAAAGCCCAAGACUUUCCUACAGCUGGUGUGGGAAGCUCUCCAGGACGUCACGCUCAUCAUCCUGGAGAUUGCGGCCAUCAUUUCCCUGGGACUCUCCUUCUAUGCACCACCUGGAGAACAGAAUGAAGCCUGUGGGAAUGUCUCCGCCGGGGCCGAGGAUGAGGGAGAGGCAGAGGCCGGCUGGAUUGAAGGAGCAGCUAUCCUGCUGUCUGUCAUCUGUGUGGUACUGGUCACGGCCUUCAAUGACUGGAGCAAGGAGAAGCAGUUCCGUGGUCUGCAGAGUCGGAUUGAACAAGAGCAGAAGUUCCAAGUCAUCCGGAAUGGGCAGGUUGUCCAGAUCCCUGUGGCUGAACUCGUGGUGGGAGAUAUCGCCCAGAUCAAAUAUGGUGACUUACUGCCUGCUGACGGAGUGCUCAUCCAGGGCAACGACCUCAAGAUCGAUGAGAGCUCCCUAACUGGAGAAUCAGACCAUGUUCGCAAAUCAGUGAGCAAAGACCCCAUGCUGCUCUCUGGUACCCAUGUCAUGGAAGGCUCAGGAAGGAUGGUGGUCACUGCUGUGGGAGUGAACUCUCAGACCGGCAUUAUCUUUACUUUGCUUGGAGCCAGUGGAGAAGAGGAGGAAAAGAAAGAGAAGAAAAAUGAGGCUAUCGAGGCUCAGAGAGGUGCAGUUGGUCACAAAACUAGCAAGCAGCAGGAUGGGGCUGUGGAGAAUAACCAGAAUAAAGCCAAGAAGCAAGAUGGGGCGGUUGCCAUGGAGAUGCAGCCACUGAAGAGCGCAGAGGGUGGGGAGAUGGAGGAACGAGAGAAGAAGAAAGCCAAUGGCCCUAAAAAAGAAAAGUCUGUGCUUCAGGGAAAACUCACGAAGCUGGCGGUGCAGAUUGGAAAAGCAGGUUUGGUGAUGUCCGCAUUCACUGUGGUCAUCCUGGUUGUCUACUUCGUGAUCCACAAUUUCGUCAUCGGUGGCCGGGCCUGGGUUUCCAGCUGCACCCCUGUCUACGUUCAAUACUUCGUGAAGUUCUUCAUAAUCGGCGUCACUGUCUUAGUUGUAGCUGUUCCUGAAGGGCUGCCACUUGCUGUUACCAUCUCCCUGGCAUAUUCUGUCAAGAAAAUGAUGAAAGAUAACAACCUUGUCCGCCACCUGGAUGCAUGUGAGACCAUGGGCAAUGCUACCGCAAUCUGCUCAGACAAGACAGGAACACUUACCACCAACCGUAUGACAGUGGUUCAGUCUUAUGUGGGUGACACACACUACAAAGAGGUUCCAGACCCCAACAGCGUGAACCCCAAAAUCCUGGAUCUCCUCAUCCAUGCCAUCUCCAUCAACAGUGCCUACACCACCAAAGUGCUACCUCCAGAGAAGGAAGGAGCCCUCCCACGCCAGGUCGGCAAUAAGACAGAGUGUGCCCUGCUCGGUUUUGUCCUGGACUUGAAACAGGAUUUCCAGCCAAUACGUGACCAGAUCCCUGAGCAGAAGCUUUAUAAGGUUUACACUUUCAACUCUGUGCGCAAGUCCAUGAGCACUGUUAUCUGCAUGCCUGAUGGUGGCUUCCGACUGUUCAGCAAAGGAGCUUCAGAAAUCCUUCUUAAGAAAUGCACCAACAUUCUGAGCAGCAAUGGAGAGGUGCGCAGCUUCCGUCCUCGGGACAGGGACGAAAUGGUGAAGAAGAUCAUUGAGCCAAUGGCCUGCGAUGGCUUACGUACCAUCUGCAUUGCCUACCGGGACUUUUCUGCAGGCCAGGAGCCCGAAUGGGACAAUGAGGCUGAAAUUGUGGGGGAACUCACCUGCAUUGCUGUUGUGGGCAUCGAAGAUCCUGUCCGUCCUGAGGUCCCUGAAGCUAUCCGCAAAUGUCAGCGUGCUGGCAUCACAGUCCGCAUGGUAACUGGAGACAACAUCAAUACCGCCCGUGCCAUUGCGGCCAAGUGUGGCAUCAUCCAUCCUGGAGAAGACUUCCUAUGUCUGGAGGGGAAGGAAUUCAACCGGCGCAUUCGCAAUGAGAAAGGAGAGGUAGAGCAGAGUCAAGAUGAGAGCCCCAUCUCCACAUCCCAGAAUUCCCCAGGUUGGCCGAAACAUUGCCAGUGCUUCAGGAGCACCAUCAGUAACUUUGCUCCACUUAGCAGCCUUCUCUUGUGUGUUUCAGGAAUCAUCGACAGUACUAUUGGGGAACAGCGGCAGGUGGUGGCUGUGACUGGAGACGGGACCAAUGAUGGGCCUGCCCUAAAGAAGGCCGACGUGGGCUUUGCCAUGGGCAUCGCAGGAACAGAUGUGGCCAAGGAAGCUUCCGAUAUCAUCCUGACUGAUGACAAUUUCUCCAGCAUCGUCAAGGCAGUGAUGUGGGGUCGGAAUGUCUAUGACAGCAUCUCUAAGUUCCUACAGUUCCAACUGACUGUCAAUGUGGUUGCUGUGAUUGUGGCCUUCACUGGAGCCUGUAUCACCCAGGACUCCCCUCUCAAAGCUGUCCAGAUGCUGUGGGUGAAUCUGAUCAUGGACACAUUUGCUUCACUGGCACUUGCAACAGAACCACCCACUGAGGCCCUCCUCCUGCGAAAGCCAUAUGGUCGGGACAAGCCCCUCAUCUCUCGUACGAUGAUGAAGAACAUCCUAGGCCACGCCAUCUAUCAGCUCACGGUCAUCUUCACCCUUCUGUUCGCUGGUGAGGUCAUGUUUGACAUCGACAGCGGCAGGAAUGCCCCUCUGCACUCUCCUCCUUCAGAACAUUACACCAUCAUCUUCAAUACAUUUGUUCUGAUGCAACUUUUCAAUGAGAUUAAUGCCCGCAAGAUCCACGGCGAGAGGAAUGUCUUCGAAGGCAUUUUCAGCAAUCCCAUCUUCUGUUCCAUCGUCCUGGGCACCUUUGGCAUUCAAAUUGUGAUCGUCCAGUUUGGUGGGAAACCCUUCAGCUGUGCGCCCCUGACUGUUGACCAGUGGCUGUGGUGCCUCUUCAUUGGCAUUGGAGAACUCAUCUGGGGACAGGUCAUUGCCACCAUCCCCACCAGUCACCUGAAAUUCCUGAAGGAGGCAGGGCAUGGGCCAGGAAAGGAUGAGAUUGCUGAUGAGGAAAUGGCAGAGGAUGAAGAAGAGAUUGACCAUGCUGAAAGGGAACUCCGCCGCGGCCAGAUCCUCUGGUUCCGGGGCCUUAACAGGAUCCAGACUCAGAUGGAGGUAGUGAGUACUUUCAAGAGAAGCGGUUCAUUUCAGGGUGCCGUGCGCCGACGUUCUUCGGUCCUCAGCCAACUCCAUGACAUCCGGGUGGUGAAAGCAUUCCGUAGCUCCCUCUAUGAAGGCCUGGAGAAACCUGCAUCCAAGACCUCCAUCCAUAACUUCACGACGACGCCUGAGUUUCUGAUCAAUGACUACAUCCACAACAUCCCCCUCAUCGACGACACUGACAUAGAAGAGCUCGAGGAGCGCCUCCGAGCCAGCCCCCAGCCCACCUGCAAUCAGAACAACAACGCCAUAGACAGCGGCGUCCACGUGACCGCCGCCGACGUCAGCAAGCCGGCUACCUCUUCGCAUCCCGGAAGCCCACUCAACAGCGUGGAGACUUCGCUCUAAGAGAAGCUCUCUCCUCUCCCACACACAGACAUACACCCCCACACACUCACACGCGCUCAAAUGUGCCCGCCUACCCCGAGGGGAAGAUCUCCCGAGACUUUCCUUGCAGUCCUCGCAAGCAGCGGAACGAAUUCAACCAAUAAGGAUUUGGCAUGCCGGACGUUUGCUCAUUCAGCCCGCGAGGUCUCACUUACUCAAUAGAAUGUGCUAGAGGUGGGGGCGGAUGCCCUCCCUCCUUGGUUUCUUAUUUGUGAUCAAUGAUGAAAGAGAUAACCUCCCCAACUCCCUGGUCUGUUGGGGGCUUAGACUCUGAGAUGGGGUGGGGCGGGGGCGGGGAGGGGGGUUUUGUACACCCAGCGGGGUGGGCAGAAUGGAAUGGAUUUGUAAGGGGGGACAACUGAGAGCAACUUCUUUGGUUUGGGCUGAGCUCAAGAGCCGGGAAGGAUGCUGUGUGUGUGUGUGUGGAUGGAUGGAUGGAUGGAUGGAUGGAUGGAUGGAUGGAUGGAUGACUAAAUAUAGAUAUAGAUAUUCCUUAUUUUUCCUUCUCUCUUCAGUCCAGCAACUGGCCCGUCCACGGGAGCCACUUUCACACAUAUUUGCACCUUUUUCAGGCACUUUAAUUCCGAAAUGCCAUCCUUUGUUGGAACAGGGAUAUUUUUUCAGGGAGAGAAUUCUAGGUUGAAGUGUAUUUUAUUCCUUUCCCCUUCCCUCAUAUCUCUGUCCCCUCUGCCCUCCUUCCUGCUGUGUUCCUGAGAAUACUUUUGGUGAGAUACCAUAUUUCUAAGGGGGAAAAUGGAGGGAGCUAAAAAUACAGUUUACACUUUGAGAUAGUGUAAGGGGGGAGGGAACCAUGGCGGGUGGACGGGGCGGGGGGGGGGGGGGGGGGGACUUACCUUUAAACGGGUUUCAUGGUUUCAAAGGAAUGUACCAAAGUGUCUAAUUGGAAACAUCCCAUCCAAUCGAGGGAAGCUGAACUUUCAGUAUUCCCUCGUCACUCUCAUCCUAAGAAUGUUCCUUAUUUCUUUCUCCAUCAUCCCAAUGCCUAGAACAUGGCCUCUGGAGCAGAAGUUGCCAGUGCCUAUUCAGGAUCCAUCCCAGACUCUUCGAUUUAUAACAGAUACAAGCUAGCUCAUUGCUGCAAACUCCUACUAGGGAUCAAUCGCUACUGGCAAGCUAUUUGGAAUCUCAUCCAGACUUGGGUGAGAUCCUUGGGACAAACAAAAAGGGAACUGAACUUGCUGUGUCCAAAUGGCGUGCACGGGGCUCCAAUGGCCCCGCACCCAGGAAAGACCCGGGAAAAGGAAAUCGAUUCCUCAUCCGGCUAAGGAUGCUGACAACACCCAGUCACCACCAAACCCAGGCCUGACACCAAGGAGCCGAUGGCAAGAGAUGAAAGUAAAGAGAGGCGCCAAUCCGUGAAGUGCAGAAGAUGCAAAAGGCCCGAGGACCAGGGUUCCAAGUCUCUAGGACUCUGGGUUGCCCUCUUUGCCCUGGGGGAGACUUAAAAGUUAGCACUGGACAAUCAAUCAGCUUUUGAGAAAAAGCAUUUUACCUCUGGUCUGUUGCCUGCCACUAGACUCAAGGAAUAUGCUGGCUUUGGUGUCAAUGAAGCACUUCUGGACACUUUCAAACCCCAUAUGUCAAAACCCCUCUUCUGAUCUCUUCUAGCUCGGAGCAUGUGCAGAGGAGAAUGUCGAAACCCAUUUACAUUCAACUUUGUUUACUGUGGCUUUAAGGCAACAUCAGGGGAGGCAAAUGAAAAAAAGCCAUCUGGAGGAAUGGAGUCUUGUUUUUGUUUAAAUAAAACCUGGGGGCUCUUGCUCCUGAGGCUACAAAUCAGCUUUCUCUCCUGGGAAAGCUCGGUGAUACACAGAUCCCUUCUUUAUGUGAUGGCUGAAAAACACGUCUGUUUCCAACAGGCUACCCCGUCAUUUCAAACUGUGGUCAGCCUAGUAUUGCCUACUACACAGCUAUGCCCACCCCACCCCCGUCUCUCUGUCUCUCUCACUCGGUCUCUGUGUCUCUGUGUCUCUCUCUCUUUGCCUCUCUCUGUGUGUCUGGCUCUGUCUAUCUCUCCGUCUGUCUUUGUCUCUGUCCCUUUCUCUUUCCUCCUCUCUGCCUCUGUGUGUGUGUCUCUCUCUGUCUCUGCCUCUGUCUCUCUCUCUGGUCCUGGGCAUAGGGUAAGCUUAAAUUGGACAUUCUCCUACAUACUUUCAGGGCACUUUAAGUAAUCUUCCUAGGCAGUGCCCAGUGCUCAAACGAGCACCAGACAGUGUUAAAGCUCAUUCCAUGAGACCAUCCAAGGCGGGGGGGGGGGGGGGGGGGUCCAUAGAGGAAGUCUGCAACCUGCCGCUGCCCCCACCUGAAAGAAAGCCAGAGAUCCCAGACACACAGAAGCCUCUGCGGUCAUUCACAGGGAGACAUCUCUGCUGAGCAAAGGCUCGCCAAACAAUUCUCUGGAGCAUGAGCUCAACAAGAUCCCAAUUCAGCGUGUGUUGGGGAGGGGGCGACAGUAAGGGACUUCUUCCUUUUGCAACAGGAAUGGCUGGCCGGAUCUAGACAUAGUGGCAUUUCUUCCCAGCUCGCGGGCUCUUUCUUUUCCUCCCGAGAUUACAGCCACGGUCUCCAUUUGGCCUUUCAGGGCAUCGCUUUGGAUUUUUCUCGGUGACGCCUUGCUACCGGGGAGUCCUGAUGGGAAGGAAACAUGCCGAUUUGGGUUUUCCCAGGAUGCUAGAGAAAUAGCUAAGGGGGGUGUGCGAGGAGUACUCAGUUUCCCUUUCCUCCUGCUGUUCCCUGCCGUGGGCUCCCUUCUUAGCAAAGGGGUGCUUUGUUCGUGUGGAAAAGCGGGAUGUCCCAACCACAGCAGAGUCCUUCCGUUUACCUCCAGCUUUCACCCAGAAGAGAAGGCCCAGAUGAGGGGACUCCAGUCCUGGCUACAAUAAACAGCAUUGCUUCCCACCCAAGCAAGGCGAUUCCACUUGCUUUGAAACAGUCAUUGUGUUGGAAAAAGUCAAUCCCACCUUCAAAUACCAGCUAGAGAUAAUUUAAAGCCAUCCCUUCUUUCAAAAGGGCACACUGAGAAUGUUCUCCAUUUGUAAACUCUUUAUCGCUCUCCCUGGUUGGGGCUUUCUUUACUUUUAGGCGAUUCGAUUUGUUAAGCAUCUGCGUGUUCAUGAAAAUGAAACCGAACUCUUCCGUGUCUAAUUCUAAGGAGAAAAGUGUGUGAGCACAUGCACAGGCUUCUCGUCCGUCAUCCGAUAUUGUAGAUAUAUUGAUAGAGCAAACAAGCAACUCUAGAUUUAAAAACAGAAAAAUCCCAAAAAAAUCGCUGCUGUACAAGGUUGCUUCUUUCCUUUCCUUUGGGGGGAGUGGGGUUGAGGGGAGGCCGUGGGCUCUGGCGAGCCAGUGAAUCUGUUCUUCACAUCUACUUGGCUUAUUCUGUCGGGUUUUCCAGAUAAAACCAAACUGCGUCUCCGUUUUCUGGAAGAGGGAACCCCUCUCCUUACAAAGCAUUAUAUUCUAUUGAAUGGCUCUAUACACUUUGUUCCGAUUAUUAACUAUGUUUGACAUUUUAUCUGCCUGUUAUAAAAUGAAACAAAAUUAUACUCAGAAAACAAGACGCCGCCUGUAUAGUCAUCGAAAGAAGAAAAGUCUGUACCGGAGUUUCUGAACUUGAAGACUAGGCCAACACUUUUUGUGUGUAUAAAAAUAUGAUGUAUCCUGCA